UGACAUUGACAGCUGCUGGCAGCCAUGUUGCAAAAUGUGAAUUUGACCAAUUUCAUUCAUUUGUGUCGCUUAAGAUAAGCCUGGGCUUGUAGACGGCUCCAAAUCAUUUGAUUUUUUAUUUCUUACAGUACAAAACGGUACAUUUACAGAAGUAGUUACAUUUAUAGGGAUAAUUAUGAGGUGACCCAUGUUAAAAACAAUUUUUAGUGCCUACGUACUUAUACCAUGAUUAAUCUUUUAGGGCAAGGCUCUUGUGUGUUUAUGUAAAUUAGCAUGGAUAAGUGUAAAGUGACGUAUCGACCAUCUAUUGACUACAACGUGCGGCGCUCGAGACGUGCAGACGGUCACUAGCGGCUCGAGGGAACAGUGUUGAACCGCUCUCGUUAUCGGCUGAUGGAAUAUUGUUAAAAAAGUUUAUGAACAUGGCUCCUAAGCCUCCUCCUCUGGGACCUCCGCCGCCGCCUGGGCCGCCACCUCCUCCUAUGUUCGGAGGUCCCGCGAAAGGCGGAGCCCCGGAUAACAGGGGUGCUUUACUCAGUUCAAUAAGACAAGGGACAAAACUAAAGAAAACCGUUACUGUGGAUAAAAGUGGACCCUACAUACAGGGUAAAACACAAGGUUCACCUAGCUCAUCAGUCAAUAAUGAAGUGAAAAGUGGUCCACCAGUGCCUAAUGGUGGAGGAACAAUUGGGCCAGGUCUUGGUGGUCUUUUCGCCGGGGGAAUGCCAAAGCUGAGACCCACAGGAAAGUUGGCAGGUACAACCCUCAAUGGGCAAGUCAGGUCAGAAGCACCUCGAUCACCAUUACAAAUACCACAAAAGCAACAUUCACAAGGCUCAUCACCGGAGAAGACUAGACCUGGCCAUUCUCCCCUGCCUGGUAACAAGCUGAGUGCUAUCUCAGCAGCUUUGAAUGAGGUGAUGGCUGCACUCGAAUCGCAGGAGUCUCCAAGAGAUAGGGACUCCCCUAGGGAGUAUACAAGAGACAAUACUCGCGUUAGACGGCAGCCAAGCGAGGUGAAGACAAGGGGACCUCCGCCGCAGCCCCCAGUACAGAAGCCACUUAUGCCACUGAGCUCGUCAGAUUCGGUGUUGACGACGGGGGCGGAGGGCGAGGGCGGGGCGCCGCCCCCUCACGUCUCCACACUGCACCGGAACAAGAGCUCGUUGCACUCUACGUCACAAGCAUCGCUAGGGGGUAGCAUGACGUCGCUGACGUCAUCCCCAGCCCCAGGCCCGCCCGCCGCCUCCCUGUCCACUUCGGACCUGUCUGAGCGCGCGCGGCCCAGCCACGGCAAGCCUCACGUAGCGCCGAAGCCGCCCGCGCCCUCGCCACCCCCAAAGAAACUGGUCACCAAUGGUAAACUGGCGGCGCGCGCGCAGAGCAUGCGGGUACCAAGGUCUCCGCCGGUGUCGCCACCGUCGCCCCCCGGGCUGACGCGCCCCCCGCAGCCGCCCCCUGCGCACCCCCCGCAUAUCGCCACCAAGAACCCCGCCUCACAUUUCGGCACACUGCGUGCGGUGCGCGCGCUGCGGCCGCCCGGCGUGUGCCCGCCGCCGCCCCCCUCGCUGCACGCGCCCCCGCCGCCGCCCCCGCCACACCACCCCCACCACCCCCACCACAGGCAGAACAGCACGUCCAGCGCGGGCAGCGCGGCGGAGGCGGGCGCUCCGCCCCCGCCGGUGCGAGGCUCCUCCAUCCGCGCGGAGCUGGAGGCGCGCUACGCGGAGCUGUUCCGGCCCGCCGCCGCCUUCCCGCCGCCGCCGCCCUUCCUGCGCAUCGCCAAGGACUACAGCAGCGCCGCGCUGCCGCUGCCCGGUACGUCGCACUGACACACACUGCACAGACACAUUUAUAAUAUAUAUAGAUAAGGCAUUUUUCAACGGUUCUCUGAAAGGUACAGUCAAGGAAACCCACGGUGUCAUACUUUGUAAAAUGUUCCUUGCAUCGAGACACACUCCGCCUCACAAAUAAUUAGGUAGCAAUGAAUGCUAAUAAUAAAAACAAGUAUAGUAUUUGUUUCGACUAGUUUUAAAAUGUUCAAUCGUAACUUUUUAGAUGGAACAUCGCCAAUUUCCUCGACUGUACUUAGUUGUCAAGUUUAGUAUCACACAUGUGUAUUGACGUAAAAACAUCUUUUGUUAUAAAAUAAACAAAACAAUGUUCCGAAAAUAGAAAUAUUUUAAGAUUAUUUUAUGACACCUAUUGACAAUUAAUUUUAAUAAAUUGUAAUAUUAGCGUGUUUAUAAAAAUGUCUAAAUUGAAUUGACAACUAUGCCUUCUCCAUAUAUAUUUUUAAGUUACAAUAAACACAUCGCUAGUAUACACUGUUAUUGAUCUUGUCGUCGUCGUUAGUUGAUCUAGGGGGAUACUGGGGAGGGUACUACUAUUAAUAAUGUCCUAUUUGUAGUAUUUUCAGUAUCUAUUUUAAAUUAUUUAUAAUAAAAUAAAGCCUUAUUAUUAUUAAGCGUUUUUAAAGGAAUGGGGUGAGCCCCUCUACCCCCUCGAGCUAUGCCGAUGUUAGUUCAGUAGCGCCAUUGUCAAUGUCAGAAAAUCUUUUAAGGAUUUCCUAUACUAAUGUAGGUUUUAUAUAUGAUAUAACCCUGCUUUUACCGACUCAGAUAAGCUUGUUGCGUUAAAAGUAGAAUCUUUUUCACUAGCAAAUGUAACUUUGUGCAGAACCUCAAAUUUUUUCUUUUGUAACGGUUAAUAUCUUGGGUUUAUUUACAUUUUGUAUAUUUCGAGGACGAUGUCCGACAACCGACUGUGUAGCCUUAAUUUGUAAACUAAGGCAUUUUGUAUGGUUUUUUUGGUUUUACUUGAUUAUAAGUGAAACGCACAAAAACUAGUUAGUCAUAUGCUUAAUUGUACAUAUAGGGAAGUAAUUUUGCAAUGCAAUAUGUACAAGUCAUAAUUUAGACGUAGCGUUAAGUUUAUAUGUUAUUUUUCUUAGUAUAUUCAAGUAUAUUAAGACCAAAUUUGUAUUGGAUUGUGAUUUAGUUGGUGGAUAAAUGUUUGCAUGCAUGCAUGGUUGUCGGAAACAGCCAUUAUUGGCUGAAUGUGAUGAAACUCCAUCAAGGGCCUAUCCCACUGGCUGAUAGAUAGCUUAAAAAUGACAUCACUGUUAGAUAAGGGAACAAAAUCCGAUAUUUUCAUCACAUGUUUUAUUGGUAUCAGACAAGUUACAAUAUGGUGGGACUGGUCCUAAAUAUUAUUAUAACAGAUAUUUUAAAGAAACUUCUAUAGAAUUAUAGUACAGUAUUUAUCGAAAUUAAGUACAUUUGAAGCAAUGACAUGCGCUUACAUAUUGGUUGAUGGCAUUUACAAUUGGCAUUCCAUUUUCAUGUUCGAAAGUUCUUGUUAAAAUAACUCCAUUGUCAUUCUAAAUUCAUGUAACUAACGUGAACUAUUAAAAAUGUUAUUACAUUCGUGUUAAACCACCUUUGAAACUGCCAUUCAAGGUUGUUAACUAAGUGCUACCCUUAGUUAAGUAUCUGAACUAAAGGAUAGCAUAAAUAAUGUGUUUCAUUCUGUUUUCCAGAAAUUUACUUGAAUGUUUCUUUUUUGAGUCAUUAUAUUAAUAGUAUAUUUUAUAUUAGUCGUAUUAUGUCAAUGUGUAAUUUACUUAUAGAUACGUAUCAAAUUUAUUUAUUUAAAGCUAUAUUUUAUUUGUAACUUCAUUUUUUUUGUUUAUGUAGUUUAAAGUUGACUUUUUAUUUUGAUGCUAUUUGAGAAAAUUUACCAGCUUUAUAGUUUUUCCACUGUAGUUGCCUGUAGUUUUCAUUGAUUUUGUAUUCGUUUUAAAAUUUGAUACGUAUGCACGUUUGUAUGCGAUAGUUUAGUUGAGAGUUGUGAUGUUUGUAGCGAGGUGCCAUUACGCUGACAAUUACAAAUACUGCUAUGCAGUUAUCCGAUAAAAAUGAUAUAUUCCUUAAAUCUCUUGAUUUAUCGCCGUUUUGUAUUUAAAAUGGGAAGUUUUUCCAGUAUUAUAAAGUACUUAAUUUAUUUAAAAGUACAUUAAACGUUUUGAUAUGAAAUGUUUUAUUUCGCGAAUGUCAAGAGAUUCAACGAAGGCUUUGUGCGUUGACAAUUAUUGUGAUAUAACUAUGUAUUAUGCUUAUUUUAUAGUUAUUUUUUAAUAAUAAAAGAGUAAUAAUUAUUGAAUCGUU